AUGACUAUGUCUCAAAACACACUGAGAAUGCAACGGGCCUUCUUGAAGGCUGUUUAUAUGCAGAUUGCAAUACCUGCUAUCAUCAUGAUAGUUCCCCAAAUCGUUAUGGUUAUACUUGGUUAUCUCUAUCGUAACAGUCCCGAAAUGAACAGCUUGGCCUAUUUGUUAAUGUCAGUGCACGGCGUGUCAGCUACUCUCAUCAUGCUUUAUUUUCAUGCUCCGUACAAAGAAUACUGUUCAAAAUUGUUCUGUAGAAAAUUUCAAGUUGUAAAGGUUGAAGCUAAUCGUGCUAGUACAACUGGAACCGACGUUUUACCACUUUGA